UAUAUGGAUGACUUCAGUUCUCUUGACUGAAUGUUAGUACUGUCCAUCAACAAAGCGAAGUGGAAGUUUCCUCCAGUGACCUAAUUUAUGACAGUUAAGACGAGACUCAUUGUUUAUCUCGAUGUGUAUUAUGAAUCACACAACAUUACGGGUUUCGCAAGCGGCCUCUUCCUGUGUCGAGUGGUGGACGUGAUGGGGCAGUUACUAGACUAUCUAAUCAUUGAUGACAGAGCAGAUGGUCCAGAUACUAGGCAUUGCACUGCGUGUAGCCAGUUAAUACACACAACCUUCAGCUGAGACAAAGACAAUUGGACAAUGGAAAUACCCUUUGCGGCCAUGUUGGUCUCUUUGGUUCUUAUCAAGGUGACGUCGGGCCAAUCUCUGGAAGUGAACUCCACGGAGGCAUCAGUGGCCACGGCCACAGCCACAGCCACGACCACGGCCAUAGAGACGAUGGUGGCUCAGGAAGGCGGAGUCCCGGCCAUGAGUGGCGGCGCCAAUAGCACCCUGGAGGGCUCUACCUGUCGCAUGAAGAUGCUGAACGUCACCCUUCAAUGUGCCAACGAGACCGGAGCUUCCCAGGAUGAUGUGGACAUCGCCAUGCGUAUGGAGAUCCCCAGCUCCGAACCGGGCAAGUGUAUGACGAAGUGUUUACUGAAGUCUCGCGGAAUGAUGUCGCCUGAGGGAACUUUCGCACUCAACACUACAGUAGAGUAUCUGACAAAUGCCCACGGAAACGAGAGUUUAAGAGCGGAAUUCCAGAAACUUGCGGAUUAUUGUUACGACAAAAUUAAGAUACAGCCAAUAGCCAACCUGGACACAUGCCAGCUAGCCUACGACAUCGCCACUUGCACCGAGGAGUACCACAAGACGUUGUUCUUGAGAAACCCUGCCAAAUCGCCACCUGUCAACAUAGUCGCGGCGCCAUAAACGCGACUAAUCACAUCGACCUUUAUCACCAAUCAAAUUCUUUUACCAUAGAAUUAUACUUACACAAAACACUUAAUUAAAUUUAAUUAUAGAACUCUGUAUAUUAGUGUUUUGAUAUUAACUUACUAUUUCUGCGAUCGAAACAGGUAAUUGUCUUUCAAAAGUAAUAAUUGUUUGAUGAGUAAAAAUUAGAUGGGUGAAAAACAUUAAAGAUAAACGUAAUUAGCGUUAAUGUAGCAAUAGUUUAAUUUAUUUUAUAUUUCAAUGUUAUAAUCUAAGGAAAAAAUUUACCCCAGUAAAAACUUUUGUAAGGAACGUAAGGGAAUAUUAUGUAUUUUCAUAUACAGCUUUAAUAUUUUAUAUGUAUGUGUAGAAGUUGUAAAUUCAGAAGCAGCUUCACAGUUUGUGUAAGUUAAGACCCAUUCCAUAAUCAAAUGUCUCUAAAUUGAAAACUGUCUUGUUUAGUGACAAGACUUUAUUAAUAUUGUUAAUGAAAUAAAAAUGUUAUUGUUAUUUAUAAAAUCACAAAUUUAUUUUUCAGUGGUACAUAGUAUUUAUGCAGUUGUAUUUAUGUCAAGAGGAUGAGUCUUCUCGAGUUUGUCUACUAUAGAGUAAACGUCUUGGAUUGUUUGUAUUGAAUGAUGUAUUAUAGUGUUAUUGUACCCGCUCAACCCGUAAACAGAGAAAUAAAACAAUUCUCACAGGAACAAUGUUCACAAUAUCUAGGAGCUACAAUGGGCGAGAUAUAACUAGAUCACUAGAUUUAAUUAAGCGUCUAAGUCUUCAAAAUCUCUCAGAAAAUGUCUUUUAACAAAUUUAAGUUAUACCAUAUUUCGUAUAUAAAAAACUUUUGUUAGUAAA